AUGGACUUGGAAAUCAUCCAUGACAUAUCCUCAGACGGUCCGGCAAAGAGCUUUGCAUAUCGGAGGCUACAAUAUCUGGAAGGAAGGUAUAAUCUGUAUUCUUUGCUGAAUGAGUACGAAGAGGUCGCUGAAACCAAGAAAGUACCCCAUCGGGACUUCUACAAUGUCCGAAAAGUUGACACUCACGUCCAUCAUUCGGCAUGUAUGAAUCAGAAACAUCUUUUGCGCUUUAUCAAGAGUAAGAUGAAGAAAUGUCCGGAAGAGGUUGUGCUGUUCAGAGAUGGGAAGACACUCACCCUAAGGGAGGUCUUCGAAAGCAUCAACUUGACUGCCUAUGAUCUGAGCAUUGAUACCUUAUAA